ACAGAUGCGUGAAUACACAUUUAAGCUAAGUGUUCUGGAACCAACCUUGGAGCACAGGUUGGCUGUGAAACAGGUCAAGAAACUAUGUCUGCCAUGAAGAUAACAGGCGCUUUUGUGCUCCUCACCCUGGCAGUUCUUUGCUUAGCAAAUGCUGCCAAAGAGGAUGCGGUAGACUGCAGUGAAUACAAGAGGUUAGAGAGAGGAAGACCUAUUUAUUGUGAAAAACUCUACCAACCUUUUUGUGGCUCUGAUGGGAAAACAUAUAACAACAAAUGUUCCUUCUGCAAGGCUGUCCUGAGAAGUAGAGGAGCCUUACAUAUGAAGCAAGAAGGUGCAUGCUGAAUGAUUUCUGUGGGACAGAGAAGAAUGCUGAGAACAGCUUUUCACUGCCUUAUCAUGAUCUCUUAAUUUAAUUUCAUUCACCCUGCCUGUCCUAAUGAUGGCAAACAAAGCUCAAAGUAGACUUUUCAGCUGUGCGCUGUCAUUUGUGCUUCCCUCUUAUCCAGGGUGCUGGGAUUGACAGUUCUGUCCUCCAGUUCAGGAUUCUCAUGAGCAUUUCUGUUUCUCUAACAAAUUGGUUUUCACAUGCGCACUUCAUUAUAUAUUUGUCUCCAUAGUGAAAGUUAAACCUUCUUACAUUGCCACUUGAUUUUAGUGCAGGCAUUGCCUCAGCUCUCCUCGUUGGUGACGUGUUUUCUCUCAUUUACCCAGAAACUUUUGCACACAUUUCUUUUCAAAGGCCUCAGCUUUCCUGGGAAGUGUUUGGACUCUUCCAGUUUUGCAGUUAAAUUUUAAAUUCUCGUUUUUCUUUUAACUUUGUGCAAUUCUGAUUCAUUUAUGUUUAGCUUCUUAGUUUGCAUGUUUAUUACAAUAAAUGUAGACUCUUUUUAUUUUUUGUCCGUGGCAACCUUUAUAAAGAAUAAAUAUAUUGUAUCCGUUA